CACGACAGGCCUCGCGUGAGUGAACCGAGAUUACUGCCAGGACCGAGGACUGAGGCGGCCACUGAGAGCAUCGUUGUGGAUGUCGUCUAUCUAAUUUUCACAAGGACAACGUAAUUGUGCAACGUAACUGUGUGUUGGGGAAAGAUGGGGAGCUGCCUCACUGUUGGACCAAAUGAAGCCCUUGUCGUUUCAGGUGGCUGCUCGAAUGAGAAGACGUAUGUCUCUACUGGUGGCUGGGCCUGGGCAUGGUGUCUCAUCUCAGAUUCCCAAAGGAUUACCUUGGAGAUUAUGACACUAACUCCCAAAUGUGAAGAAGUGGAGACCGCAGAAGGAGUAGCCAUUACGGUUACUGGGGUAGCCCAGGUUAAAGUUAUGACGGAUGAUGACCUGCUGCCCCUGGCCUGUGAGCAGUUCUUGGGAAAAUCUGUGGUGGAGAUGAAAAGUGUUGUUUUGCAAACUCUGGAAGGUCAUCUACGUUCUAUUUUAGGUACUUUAACUGUGGAGCAGAUCUACCAGGACCGGGACCGGUUUGCCCAGCUGGUGAGAGAGGUGGCGUCCCCUGACGUAGGGCGCAUGGGCAUCGAGAUCCUCAGCUUCACCAUCAAAGAUGUGUAUGACAAGCUGGACUACCUCAGCUCUCUGGGGAAGACGCAGACCGCCGCCGUCCAGAGAGACGCCGACAUCGGAGUGGCAGAGGCGGAGAGGGAUGCCGGCAUCAGGGAAGCGGAGUGCAAGAAAGAGAUGAUGGACAUCAAGUUCCAGGCAGACACUAAAAUGGCCGACUCUAAACGAGAGCUGGAGCUGCAGAAGGCUGCUUUCAACCAGGAAGUGAACACUAAGAAAGCCGAGUCCCAGCUAGCCUAUGAGCUGCAGGCCGCUAAGGAGCAGCAGAAGAUUCGUCUGGAGGAGAUCGAGAUCGAGGUGGUGCAGAGGAAGAAGCAGAUCACCAUCGAGGAGCGGGAGAUCGAGCGCACAGACAAGGAGCUCAUCGCCACCAUCAAGAGGCCCGCCGAGGCAGAGGCCUACAAGAUACAACAGCUGGCCGAGGGAGACAAAAUGAAGAAGGUGCUGACUGCUCAGGCGGAAGCCGAGAAGAUCCGCAAGAUCGGUGAGGCGGAGGCUGCCUCCAUCGAGGCCAUUGGUAAAGCCGAGGCCGAGAAGAUGAGGCUGAAGGCAGAGGCCUACCAGCAGUACGGAGAAGCGGCCAAGACCGCCCUGGUCCUGGAGGCACUGCCAAAGAUUGCUGCCAAGGUGGCCGCGCCCCUGGCCAGAACCAAUGAGAUCGUCAUCCUGAGCGGGGAGAAAAGCGGCGUGACUGGAGAGGUGAACCGCCUGCUAGCCGAGCUGCCCGUGUCUGUCAACGCUCUCACGGGAGUGGACCUGACCAAGCUACCUUUACUUAAGAAGAUGACUGACGCUCAAGCCUGAGAACAAUCUGCUACCCCCAUCCGCUCUCUGACAUGUCGACUGCAUUCACUCCUACUGCCUUCAGGACACUUGAAAAACGUUUCUCUAUACAAGUGGAUUUGUGAACCUCUGGUGCCUUACAUUGGACAGGACCAGACUAUCUGCAUGCAAUGCUGCUCCUCGUGAACAUUUACAUCUUUAACGGUUGUAUUCCGACUUUUUUCCAUUGGUGGAAUAGAUGGGAGAGGUGUGUUGUUUCAAUAUGGGAGACAAACACUUUUUAACUCAACAGUGGGUCUCUCGAUAUGGUUCUGUCUGUGUAUAAAGCCCAAAUUAGGAAGGGAAAAAGUGAAGUUGUGUUGUGCAUGUGAUAACUAUGUAAACAAUGAACCACUUCCCUGUGUGGAAACCUAUUUAAUUUCACAAAUGUCUUUUUCCACUCUCCAGUUGGGGAGCUUUUUUUGUAGAUGUUAACAGAUUCCUAUCCAACACUUGUGUUGGUCUGCUGCGAUGUACUGAAUGGUUUACUACUAACCCUCUUCAAAGUGCCAUCACAGCAUUACCACAGCUUUUCAAAUGGGUCAGCUCUUAACCAAGGGGGCUCAGACUUGACAGAAAGGAUGACAUUCUCAUAGCUGAAACCAACCCAGUGUAGCUAAACUUUAAACAGAAGUUAAAGUUGAUCACCAAGCUACGGGGAGCUCUGUCACUUGCGGUCAUUCCCAGGGUUUUUUUUGUUUUUGAAUGCACAUUAUUUAGAGGGGGCCAGACAGUGGUCCACUCAAAACUUCAGGAAUAUUUUAAUGCAAUGCAAAGUAUUGGCACACACAGAUGCCAUGCUCUUGCUGUCAAAGAUUGCUGUGUAUGUAGUUUCAUUCCAGUGAUAAACAUGUUUUAUGGCACCUUCGAUAGGCCAACGCUUUCAAGAUGGCCACGAAAGCAUUUUCAUUUUAUUAUUAUUUUUUUAAUAUUGACUUAACAUUUUUUGCAUUCUUAGACACUCACUUAGGGUCUGGGGUUUUGCUGUACUCUAUCAGGAGAGUGCCAUAUUGAUGAUAAAUAAGCCAUUAUAUUUCAGUGUGUGAGUCAUAGCACGGCUACAGUUGCAUGCUAUCCACUAACACUCCAUAUUCCGUUGGACCAACACGAUCCCUAUGUAUUAAAUGUAAUAUAUUUGACUUGAGAGGCCAGAUUGAUUAAUUGAAUCUCCCUUUUUUGUAUUUUAUGUUGAGAUUAGAUAUUACUCGUAUGCAUUUACCGGAGAAUGGUAGGUUACCUAAAGUAAAUUGACUUUAUGAAGAAAAACAUUCAUUAAAAAAAAAAAAUGCUUAAUUGUUUUUAUGGUGUGGGAAAGUUGGUGAUCACUAAUCAUACCAAAGUAGAUAUUCUGUGAUGUAUAAUACAGUAUGCUCAUUUAAUGUUUUAUUUAUUUAAACAAUUUUUACAAGAUUGAUUUUCAUGUAAGCCACGCACAUUUGUAAAACCUAUUAACCAGUCUUUCUUUCUUCUAAAUGAACUUUAUUCUGUCUGUGAAGCCUAUGUUUAAGCUAAAAAAAAUCCCUUGACACAGCCAUGAAAUGACCAUAGAGUUAGGCACUGUUUAGCUUUGUCCUGUGUAAUCUGUUACAGUCCUGCUUUCCUCUGUUGGUUUUAAAGUGUUUGGGAGGAAAGCAGAAAAGAAUCAGUUGGAGGUGGUUUAAAGGCUAUCUGCACUAUUGUCAUAGUGAUGUUAAAGUGAUGUUGAUUAUCAUGUAAUUUUGCAUUUUCACAAUAUACCAUUUGUCCCUGUCUCAAAAAAAACCACUCAAAGGCCUCAACAUAAAACUAAAAAUGGCAGCUCUUUCAGUUGGUUGUUAACAUUGCGCCAUUUGUAUGUCCUUUUGAGGUUUUGCGGUUUGAUUUUUUUUUUUCUGCUCGUAAGAUUUGUUUUAUUACAUGUAAAACCAUACACUGUGUUUACUUUUGGUUUCGGGUCAGUAAUGUACAUUCCCAUAUGACCUUUAAAAUUCCAAUAUAGAAACACUAACUGUUUUACAACACACAUGCCUAUGCAUCAUAUAACAAGUUAAUGUUGACCCAUCAAUGUAUGUACCACCAGCUCAUUAUGUUUUGAAGCAUUUAUUUGCAACUAUUUUACAUUCAUUGUCAAUACAUUGUAAUUUUAAGACCAUCACCUAUCUGAGAGAUGAAUCUUCACCAUGACAAUAAACAAUGGAAAACACUCCAUUAUGUUGCAAUGCAUAAUUGGUAUAAUAAAAAAAUAUCCACUCCA